AUGUGGGGUAUAUUCGAGGAGACAGGAAUAUUUGCAAGUGCAUGCCAUCAUGGCUUUAUCUUAUGGAUAUGCGACAUGAUGAGGAGCGGUGAACUUGCAAAGUAUCCACUCACGAUAAUAGCUAAGAUGGUUGCCAUUCUCGAAGAUUGA